AUGGAUUCAGUGCGCGAUUUGACAUACCAAUGCUUGGAACGAUGGACAGAAAGACUGGAUAAGGAUGAGUAUCGCCUGUUUUGGGAAGGUAAUUAUUACGACAGUGAUGUUCAUGAUUAUGCAGAACUGACCAAUGACACAUUGAAAAUACUCGUGAGCAAAUGCAUCAACGUACUGAUUAAACUCGAUGUUAAAAAGCACACGAAAGUCGCCGUAUACCUGCCGGCUUUGAUUCAGUUACCUGUCAUCACAUUGGCUGCGCAUCGAAUUGGGGCUAAAUUACUUAUAACUAGCGCAAUUGAUGAAGAUGCUGAACAACUCGGCGCUCUACUCAAAGAGUUUGAUCCGGAGAUAAUCAUCACUGUCGAUGGAUUUUGGUGUGGCAGUAAAUUGAAACAGUCGAAAUGCAUUAUCGAUAAAGCACUCUCAUGUUAUCAAAGUAGUUGCCGGCAUGUAAUUGUCAUAAGACAUGUAACACCAAAUGAAGGUGUUCCACCUCCUCAGAAACACUUCACCGCAAAACGGCCGUAUUAUCUGUAUAAAAUAAGUAUGGAGGAAGGCAGAGAUUUGUGGUGGAGUGAUCUCUUCGCGAAUGUACAAUCAUCAUCGUCAUCAUUAUCGUUGAAUGAUUGUGAAUUAAUUGGGGAGAUAAGUGCAAAAACUGAUAUUAUGUAUCAAGCCAAAUGGUUCUGCUUCGAAUCUCUGGUUUGUUUGAGGAAUGAAGAUGGGCAAUUAUCAGUGAUCGGAAUCACGCAUCAUCAGCUGGAGGACAAGAUCAAGCGAUUAGCAAAACUGAUUGAUGCGAGUGGGAUGUGUUUCGUGAUGAAUUCACAGGAUCCAUUCACAGCUACCAUCGCAAUGCUUGCAACUCUCUAUUCAUCCGCACAACUUCUCAUUUUCGAAGGCGUUUCGUCGUAUCCGGAUUAUUCACGCAUUUCGCAGAUUAUCAAUAAAUAUCAGAUUCAAACGCUCAUAAUCGCCAACAACGAUCUGCAGGAUGUGUUGAACAACGAUGAAUACGCAAAAAUGUGGAACACUGAAACCUUAUCGAAACUCAUUGUUUUCGGUGAUAAAGACACGGCCAAUCGUGCUGGCAAACUCUUUGGCGUCCAGUCUGAAUCCAUUUCCCUCUCGCCCGAAUAA